CGCGGUGCUGAACGCAGUCCAGUGGAAGUCUGUCCCACACAGCGCUGUCUUAUUCUCAAGCAUGCAUUGGUCAAUGAACCCCCUCCCCCUGCCUUCAUAUACUGAGUUGGGUGUGCAUCCAUUGAGUGGCCUUCUGUGGACUCUACUGCUCCUCUUCCUGUGGCACUGUUAUCGAAUCGGCUCCGACCUGCCCACCCCAGGCCGGACGCACCCCGGAAAGCUCAAGUCGGGCUUGAGGCGGACCAAGUUGUCCCGUGGUGCUGGAAGUGAAUACAGAUCCAAACUAUCAAGAGCUGACAAGGUUACUCCCUGCAUUCCCAUGGAAACAGGGGAGGACGAGGAGCAGGAAAGGGGCUACCUUUCUCCAGUGCUGAGUCAUGCUUUGUUCCCAGCCCAGGCUUCUGCAGAAGGCAAGAAACUGUAUGCAGCACUGAAAGAGUAUGCCAAGCGCUACAGUUGGGUGGGCAUGGGCCGCAUCCAUAAGGGGCUUCGGGAGCAGGUCAGAUUGAAUAAUCUCUCUACAAUCCAGAAGCCUCAUCUUUUCUUCCUCCCAGAUGUCCCAAGUGUUCCUUUCUUCCCACGUGACGCCCAUCGCCAUGACAUCGACGUCUUGGAGGCCAACUACCCUGCAAUCCUGGCUGAGUUCCAGGCAGUUUACCAGAGGGGUAUUGACCCAAAAUUAGGAUGGACCUGCCAGGGACCAAAGGGCCAGGCAGUGUUUCCAUUGUACAGCGCAGGCGUCUGUGUGGCAGGGAAUUGUCGUUCCUGUCCCUGCACCUACCGCACACUUCUCUCUCUCCGUACUUUUAUAAGCAGUAACUCCUUGGGAGCCGCUGGGUUUUGGCUGUUAGGGCCCGGAGCUACACUGGGAGGCUCAUACGGACGCACCAAUACACGCCUACGUUGUCACCUAGGACUGCAGACUCCACCUCAUUGUGAGCUGGUGGUGGGGGGCGAACCUCAGUGCUGGUCGGAGGGACACUGCCUCCUGAUCGAUGACUCGUUCCUUCACACCAUCUCUCACAAAGGGCCUCCAGAGGAUGGGCCGCGAGUCAUCUUCAGCGUGGAUCUGUGGCAUCCCAAUGUGGCUGCAGCCGAGAGACAAGCUCUGGACUUCAUUUUCAGCCCUGACCUCUGAACUUGCUCCUGCGCUAUCAAAAUAUACGUCAUGUGGGGUGCCUUGUGGGUUAUAAAUCUAAAUGUUAACACCAUUCCAGUAAAUAAAUCACUGUGUGAAUCGAC